UUCUCUAAUAAUCUAGAUGGCACUGUUCACGAUUGCACGUGGUUCUUUGAUAUAGUAUAUAAGUUCAACGUUACCGGUAAUAAUGUUCUCGUGUAUUUCUACAGUUUUCACUAAAAAUCGCUUGCAAAAUAGUUUGCAAUCGAAGCAGUACAUCUUUUCUGCUUUCUCUGGACGCGCUGAUUUAAGAUCCAACAGUCGAGAUGCUGGCAAUGAAGUCAUCUAUCAAAAUGAAUUAACGGAAUUCUUGGAUGAUUUUACCAACUUGAAUAAGCAUGUACUGCUGAAUGUACAGCGCUUCGAUACUUCAUCACAUUCACCUUUCAAAAGGAAAUUUUUGUCUUUGCGAAGAAACCAAUUAAAAGUACAUGAUUAUCAUGAUAGCAUUGGGUUUUAUUAUUCUUCGAAGAUUAUUCCUGGCUUACAGUCAGUCAGAGGAAUUCAUACACAUGCAGCUUUUCCUUGUUUUGCAUCUCUAAAGAAUGUUAAAAAGGGAGAUGGGUCUGACAAGGAACAAUUUGAAUCAGAUUAUUAUGACAAUCUUAUAGACAAAAUACUUAAAGAUUCUCCUACCAAAAAUAAAGAAUUACAUUCGGAGAAAGAACAUAGAAGGAGGGUUCAUGCUCAUAGGUUUGUGAAGACAGAAACAUUGCAUGGUAAAGAAGAUAAUUUAGAAAUUGAAGGUGCUUCAUUAAAAGAAAUAGAGAGAAAAUACCCGGAUUGUAAAUCUAAAUUGCACAAUAUAUAUAACAUAGUCAGUCAAGAUACGAAAAAAUCUAACUUAAUAUCUGGUACUAGUAAAUGUACAAAACGCGGCCACGACGUAAGAUGGGAGUUUACGUACAAAAUUUUAUGGCCAAGCGAAAUGACUUUUUUGGCAGUAGCAAAGACCAAAAUAGCUGCUUCGAAAGUGGCUGCACUCAAAUGUCUACAAUGGUUAGAGGCCACUGGCAAAGUGAAAAAUGGAAUACCACAGACUUUAGAUAAAAAAGAAAUGUCCUCUCUUUUAGACAAUAAAGUGGAGCUUAAUAUUGAAUCAGACAUUGCUACUGAGAUACAAUCAUUGCUUAAGGAAUAUCAGAACGAAGUUGAACAUAUUGUGAAAACAUUUACUCCCAUAAAGCGAGAAAGUAACUUGUUAGAAGAUUCAGAAAAUGAUGGUCAAACUUCACUCCUGAAUACAGAACAUUUUGAUCCUGUGGGAGGAUCCAGUGCAAGUAAACGAUUUAAGAAAUCCUCGGAAUUCCGAAACGAAAUAUUGAAGGAGAAAGCGUUAUUGAGGAAUGAAACUGCUGAUCAGGGAUUGCCAAUAUCAGCAUUCAGGACACAGAUACUGGAAGAAAUAGAAAAAAGUUCUGUUUUACUAGUAAAGGGUGAUACUGGCUGUGGCAAGACCACCCAGGUACCACAGUUCCUUAUGGAUUACUUCGCAGCAAAAGGACGCGCCGGAGACUGUAAUAUGAUAGUCACACAACCUCGGAGAAUUUCUGCUAUCUCAUUGGCAGAACGCAUUGCCGAGGAACGAAACGAGAACAUAGGAGACGUCGUGGGGUACCAAGUGAGACUCCAGCAGGUGCUACCCCAGACACCUGGAGGAAUAUUAUUUUGCACAACAGGAGUCUUGCUACGUAAACUCCAAAGUAAUCCUGGCCUUAUCGGUUGCUCUCAUGUCAUCCUGGAUGAGGCUCACGAAAGGUCCAUUGAUACGGAUGUCCUCAUGGUUCUUUUGAAACGAGCAAUGAAGCGCAAUCCUAAUUUAAAACUUAUUGUAAUGUCGGCUACGAUAAAUGCGGAGCUCUUCCAGCGUUACUUCGACUGUAACGCUGUAGAAGUACCUGGUAGAACGUUUCCAGUGACUAUGAACUUCCUGGAGGAUAUCGACGCGAUGGGUAUCAGACAGUCUAAUAAUAGAGAUGAACGGAAUCAAUCUCAACGCAGUCCAGUAGUAGACUGUUACUACGUGGCGCGUUUAAUAAAGUGGAUAUGCAAGAAUAAACCGGAUGGUGCUAUAUUGUGCUUCCUUCCGGGAUGGGCAGAGAUCACUAAAGUGCAGACUAUUCUCACUGAAAGUUCCUGGGCGAACAGAAGAAAAGAUUGGAUUUUACCUUUACACUCUAAAGUUUCAUUCCAGGCACAGCGUAAGAUAUUUUCAAGACCUCCACCAGGAGUCAGAAAGAUUAUUCUGUCUACUGACAUUGCUGAAACUGGUAUUACUGUCAGCGAUGUAGUUUAUGUCAUUGACACUGCCAGUCAUAAGCAAGUAAGAUGGGAUGAAAGCCAAGGAUUGGCUUCGAUGGACAAUCAAUGGGUAUCGAAGGCCAAUAUUAAUCAAAGAAAAGGCAGAGCUGGUCGCGUCCAAUCUGGUAUAAGUUACCAUUUAUUAACCAGAGAGAAAUUUAUGAAUCUAGACGAGUUUCCGCUUCCGGAAGUUAUGCGAAUCUCCUUGGAAAAAACAGUUCUGGAUUGCAAAACAUAUAGCAAUGAAAAAGCUAUUGAUUUCCUUGCCAAAAUGCCACAACCACCCAGUGCUAGUGCCAUUGAAAGGGCAGUAUCUGAUUUAAGAAAGCUAGGGGCUCUCGAUGAGAACGAGACCCUCACGGCUUUGGGCAAACGGAUAUCGCUAUUUACGACACAUCCAAAACUUAGCAAGGCUAUGGUCUAUUCCUCUAUUUUCCACUGUACCAGUCCUAUUGUUUCUGUGGCUUCGAUUCUGUCUUAUGACAGCGAGUUAUUCGUCGGUGCCCUAAAUAACAAAUCUGACAUCAGAUCAAUUAAACAAAAGUAUCAUCCUGCUAGCGAUCAUCUGGCAAUGUCCUGGCUCUUCACACAGUGGAACUCUUAUUACAAUGAAGAUCCUCAAGAUAUUAAAUCCUUUUGUUACAACAUGAGACUUCAACCUGAAAGAAUGAUCAUUCUGAAAAAGUUGAGAGAUCUCAACGCACAGUUUUUGGUUCAGUGUGGUAUGCUAGAAAUUGGGGAAAAUUACGACGACUGGAAUGCCACUAAGAACGACCACGCGGAACACGAUGAGCUAGUGCGCGGUGUUUUGUUCGCUGGCAUGGAUCACCUUUUGCAACGCAAAAAGUUCGAACUUAUAAAAGGAAGACUUAAGAAUUCUCCAAACUUGAUGGUAACAGAAGAUAAGCGUAGAGCUUCCCUUACGUCAGAGACUGUAAACUACGGCAGAAAAUCCUGGCCCAGUCCUUAUUUAACUUAUAUGCGUCGAACUCAUAGCGAAGAGCGACGAACUAUUUUGAUUCGUGAAACCAGCAUUUUAUCACCAUUGACUGUAUUUCUCUUCAGUCAGGGUACCGUGAAUGCUGUUGAGCAGACAAAUAAGUCUGGUAGCAAUGACGACGAUAAAGUAUUGGUAACUAUAGAAGACAAGAAGAAUGUUAAACUGAUUUGCACUAGAGAAGACGCUGAAUUGCUUUUCCGCUUCCGUGAUAUGAUGUGGUCCAUAGUACGUUACAUGGUUGAGAUUCAAGGAUUCCAAGGAUUUGAUAGAGUCGAAGAAUACAAUACUGUAAAUGCAUAUAAACGUCAAAUGCUCUUCGUUCUCGGAAAAAUGUUAUCAAGUGCUGAUAUCACGGUCGACUUAAAAUCUGAUGAAUCGGAUGUUGCUUCUGUCGAUGAGCUUCUUGAUUCUGAAUCAGGAUCCGAGACUGACGAAAGUCGUUGAUGUGAUAAGAAAUAGUGUAAGAUAUAUUUUAGUUUGACAAUUCAUUCGUAAAAAAUCAUGACCCGAAUACAAAACUCAGAGUAUUUAAUGCAGAUAGUACAUAUAUAUUUGCGUUACUUACCAUGUUCGACGUUAUCAAACACGUGUAGAUGAUUCAGUUCCUUAGAAAUGAAAUUGAACUCUUUCGACAAGUCAAUAGUUCAUCGAUAUACAUACAAAUUGCAUAUGUAUGUUUAGUGUGAUAGAGGACAAGACCCAAUAGUGUAAUUGAAAAUCUGGUUGAUCAAUAAGAAAGUGAAAGAAUAAUUUAAAUUGAUUUAGAUAUUAUGAAAAUAUUUAUAAUAAAAGCAAUUUAGUCUACAUAUCCUGUUAUUGCAUUUUCAUAUUUUUUUUAUACAAUUUUAAGACUGCAUAGAUCUUAAUAAUAGUAUAUGAUCUAUGAAAAUGAGUUCAGUGAGAAAAUUUGGGCAAUGGCAGAGAAUAUGGGACAACAUUUGAUCUCGUAUCAAUCUCGUGCCAGCCGACAAUUUUUUCUUUUGUAACAUUUUCUUUCCACAUGUCACAUUGAAUAGAAUUUAUCGCACCAGUCCAUACCUAUAACCAUAUAAUAUCCUUAUUGAAUCGUAAAUAAACAGGAUGAUUUUAUAACA